AUGGAGACCUCAUGCCUCCCCGAAGUCGCGUGCGCCGAUACCGCUAUCGUCCAUCGUCCAGCUCUGUCCUGCUGCGACCGCAAUGUGGUCCACAAGGGCAAGGCUGGGAGCACCCCAGCAAACCCCACAUUGCCAGAGUACCAGAAGCUGUACAAGGAGUCCAUCACGGAUCCCACAAAGUUCUGGGGCGAAAAGGCGCGCGAGCUCCUGUCCUGGUACACCGACUUCCAAACCGUUCGCAGCGGCUCCUUCGAGGGCGGCGACACAGCCUGGUUCGUCGAGGGCACCCUCAACGCCUGCUACAACCUCGUCGACCGUCAUGCCUACAAGGAUCCCAACCGCGUUGCCAUCAUCUACGAGGCCGACGAGCCCGAUGGCGGCCGCAAGGUCACCUACCAGCAGCUUCUGCGUGACGUCUCGCAGGUCGCCUGGGUCCUGCGCGAGAUGGGCGUCCGCAAGGGCGAUACCGUCGCCAUCUACCUGCCCAUGAUUCCCGAGGCCCUCGUCGCCAUUCUCGCCUGCAUCCGUCUCGGUGCCGUCCACUCGGUCGUCUUUGCCGGCUUCUCCGCCGACUCGCUGCGCGACCGUCGUGGCGGCAAGCUCAUCGGCACCAAGAAGAUUGUCGACGACGCCCUGAAGCAGUGCCCCGACGUCUCCCACGUCCUCGUCUACAAGCGCACCGGCGCCGACGUGCCCUUCACCGAGGGCCGCGACUGGACCCCCUGUUCCUCCUCUACACCUCCGGUUUCACCGGCAAGCCCAAGGGCGUCAUGCACACGACGGCCGGCUAUCUCCUCGGCGCCGCCUUGCACGGGCAAAUACGUCUUUGACAUUCACGACGGCGACCGCUACUUCUGCGGCGGCGACGUCGGCUGGAUCACGGGCCACACCUACGUCGUCUACGCGCCGCUGCUGCUCGGCGUGACGACGGUCGUCUUCGAGGGCACACCCGCCUACCCCAACUUUUCGCGCUACUGGGACAUCAUCGCCAAGCACGAGGUGACGCAGUUCUACGUCGCGCCGACGGCGCUGCGCCUGCUCAAGCGCGCCGGCGACGAGCACGUCAAGGCCGACAUGAAGCACCUGCGCGUGCUCGGCUCCGUCGGCGAGCCCAUCGCCGCCGAGAUCUGGAAGUGGUACUUUGAGACCGUCGGCAAGGAGGAGGCGCACGUCGUCGACACGUACUGGCAGACCGAGACGGGCUCCAACGUCAUCACGCCGCUGGCGGGCGUCACGCCGACCAAGCCCGGCAGCGCCUCGCUGCCCUUUUUCGGCAUCGAGCCCGCCAUUAUCGACCCCGUGUCCGGCGACGAGAUCCACGGCAACGACGUCGAGGGCGUCCUCGCCUUCAAGCAGCCCUGGCCCAGCAUGGCCCGCACCGUCUACGGCGCCCACAAGCGCUACAUGGACACGUACCUCAACGUCUACAAGGGCUACUACUUCACCGGCGACGGCGCCGGCCGCGACCACGAGGGCUUCUACUGGAUCCGCGGCCGCGUUGACGACGUCGUCAACGUCUCGGGCCAUCGCCUCUCUACGGCCGAGAUCGAGGCCGCCCUGCUCGAGCACCACUCCAUCGCCGAGGCCGCCGUCGUCGGCGUCGCCGACGAGCUCACCGGCCAGGCCGUCAACGCCUUUGUCGCCCUCAAGGACGCCACCGGCGCCGGCGAUGCCCUGCGCAAGGAGUUCAUCAUGCAGGUCCGCAAGAGCAUCGGCCCCUUUGCCGCCCCCAAGGCCGUCUUCAUCGUCCCCGACCUGCCCAAGACGCGCUCCGGCAAGAUCAUGCGCCGCAUUCUGAGGAAGAUUCUCGCCGGCGAGGAGGACCAGCUCGGCGAUAUCACAACGUUGUCGGACCCCUCCAUCGUGGAAAAGAUUAUCAACCUUGUGCACGAGGCCAAGGGAAAGAAAUGA